AUGGAUGCUGCAGAGACACCCAAUGAGACGCCAGACUCGGAGGGUGCCUCAAACUGGCAGAUUGCAUCAUAUGAGGAGGAGGCAUCAGACCCUGAGGAGGUAUCAUACCCUAAGAUCCCAUCAUACCCUGAGAAGGGAUCAGACUCUGAGAAGGGAUCAGACUCGGGGAAGGGAUCAGAAGAGGAGGCCUCAGACGAGGUGAAGGCAUCAUAUUCGGAGGAGGUAUCAGACCCUGAGGAGACAUCAUACCCUGAGGAGACAUCAGACCCCGAGGAGGUAUCAUAUCCUGAGAUCCCAUCAUACCCUGAGGAUGCAUCAGACGAAGAUAAGGCCUCAGACGAGGACAAGGCACCAGACGAGGAGAAGGCAUCAGACGAGGACAAGGCAUCAAACUCUGAGAAGGGAUCAGACGAGGAGGCAUCAGACGAGAAGAAGGCAUCAGACGAGGAGGAGGCAUCAGACGAGGAGGAGGCAUCAGACGAGGAGGAGGCAUCAGAGCUAUCAGAGGAGGAUACUCCCAAGCUAUAUACCCCCCCGAAGAUGACUACUAUUCGCCAUGCGCGAGCACCGGCAGCACCGGCAGCACCCGCAACACCGGCAGCACCCGCAGACCCGGGCCGAGGCCGCUACGACUUGCGCAAGCGUCCGAUCGCGUGCCCGGAAAAACUCGAGUAUUACUACAUGGGUGCUUUGAAUUCUGAUAAGAAGCGGACUAGUAAACACCUGUGUGGCGACCACACGGUGUGUGGUAUUUAG